CUGUAUUUUUCAGAGCAGAAGCUCAUUCCUAAACAUGCCUCUGAACUGUCGCAUUUGAAAGGAACAAGUCACACAUUCUCAGCAGCUGUAGACCAACUUCCAUCUGAUAUUCCGAAGGUUGACUUCGCUGCUUUAAAGAAGCAACUCCCAGCUCAUGCAGCAAUUUUGGAUUCGCUGCAGAAACAGCUAGAGGCUAUUAAGAUUCCAUAUGGAGAGAUUCCUAAAGCUUACCUUCAGGAGAUUGACCACUGGACUGAGUACAAUAACGAACGAGUAAAACUUCAUGAGAUGAAGGUCGCUGAUGGUUUGGAGCAGGCUAAGAAGGUAGAAGACAAAUGGGCUAAGGCUCCUCCAGUAGAGCACUUUGACCGACAGCACUUCGCCGAGUACUUCCCACAAGAAUUCUAUGAUCUGCGCUAUCAGAAUAGGUUUGGUCUCUAAUU